AUGAACUUCUUCUCAGCUUCGCCGUCUUUGGACGGAGACGACGGAGAUUCCACCUACACGCCAGAGUCCGCCAGCACACCCAACGACACCCCUCGCGGGAAGUCGAAGCGUAAGAGUAACAAGGGACGCAUCCUCCAGCGCUGGGAUCCUUCCAAGGACCAGUACGUCUUGCUCUGUGUCGAGCAGUACGUUGCCUCGAAGAGCAUCCCAUUCUUCGAUUGGAACGAGAUCGCAAAGCUCAUUGCACCGACCGUCACCGGAGAAGCCAUCAAGCAGCAUCUCGCCAAGCUGCGCAAGGCUCGUGAGGAGGCCGGCCAGCCGAUUCCACCUUCCAUUGGCAAAGAUCACGGCUCUGGUCUUCGCAAAAACAAUCUCAUCGCCUCAACACAGACCCCACGUCUUUCUCAAGCUUCCGCCGAGGAGUUCGAUCCAUUCGCCAACGACCAGAUCCAAGGCACUAAGCGUGACAGUCUUGAUAUCCAGAAGAACGAGGCCACAGACCCAAAGCUCGCAAGCCUGAUUUUCCAGAAGAAAAAGCCCGUCAAGACCCGCACUCCAGUCUCCAAGAAGCGCAAGACCGCCACCGACGACUCUACUCCCACGUACAACCCGCGUAACAAGAAGAACAAGACCAUAGGGAGCAACUUCGCGAACGGCCACGAGACUGAUCACGUUCUUGCUCUAUACAACGACAAGAUGGGCUAUGCCAUCAAGCGGGACGCUCUCCUAUCUCCAGAAGCUCGCGAUGCCAUCGACAGGCGUCGUCGCAUGCUGAAGAUACGCGACGCUGUUGCGAUGGGAGAAGAUGUCAACGUGAACAUCAACAACGCUUCCGCCAAUCUCGCCGCCCAGCUCUACUACGGCAAGGCUGGUGAUGGCGCCAAUGAGAACUUCAACGGUAUCUCCGCCGCCAACACAGUUGGCCAGACCAACAAGCCACGGCUCCAGACCAUGCCGCAGUACAACGAUGCUGACACCGGUGAUGACGCCAACCUCUGCGCUAACGACUUCAAUACCAACAAGUUCGGCCAGAUCAACGACCUGAAGCUCCAGAACAAGCCGCAGGCCCACUUCGCCGAAGCUGCUACCGGCGAUCUCAGCAACGUCAUCCCGUUCAACGGCCCUCCAAGCCCUGCUGGCAUGAUCCACGACUGCGCCGACGACUUCUCCUUCUGCAGUAUCCAUGCCAAUGCACAUGGCUUCCAGUUCAACCCUGGCAACCCGGCCUCUUACGGCCAGCCAGCGCCAGCAAUGAAGUCACCGAAGGCUCCAAGCGCCUACGUCGAUGACAUCAGCAACUUGCCUGAGGACCGCAAUGGCAGUGCCGAUCUCGAGGGGAUCGACAGCGACCUCUUCACCCAGGAGUUCGGCAUGCCUGGAGAGCAGGUGGGCUCCUUCGGUGGCUUCGACUUCGAUUAUUGA